UUAGUUAUUGAUGGUUUGAUACACAUCGCGCCCUUUUCUUCAAACCUAAAAUCUGAACUCAGUUGCCGAAGGCUCAAACCCAAGCUGGCCGUCGCUCACUGCCUCGCACUCACCAUAUUUUCGUCCAUGCUCGCAGUUCGCGUUCUGGUCGUGCUUCUACUUCGUGUGCUUCUUGCCGUCCGUUGCUCGAGUUUCUGACUACUUCAUGUGCUUCUCGUCGUCCGCCCCGUGCUUCUGCCUUGUUGCUCCAGGAAUUUCAAGCUCUUCGGUUUCAUAAUGCUGCUAAAAUAUCAUUUUGAAGAUGAUAAUGGCAAAGAUAAUAUCUAGCUUUUGGGGUUCAGUCAUAUCCACAACUUGAUUGUUGUGAAAAACUUAUACAUCAUCUUCCUUUGCAGAGUUUCAAAUCUUUUAAUAUAUUUAUAUCCAUAAAAGAUCAUAAUUUCCAUGGAAGCUCUAAACUUUCUUUUAGGAGUUUGUCCAGACUUGUCUGUCCCAUUAGGUCGAUAUGGAAAGCAAUCAUUCGUUAUUAGGUCACCUCCACUUCCUUCUCCAUCCUUUUGUUCUUCCAUUCAGUUCCAUAAACCAGCAUCUAGUGGAGCCUGUAAUAGUAUUAUCUACAAAGUGUCUUCUAGGAAGAGAACGCAGUGUGGUAGUAAUUUAGAACAAGGGGCUGUGACCACAGAGGGUGGCAACACGAGAGCUCAGGUCAGGCCGAAAAGGCUGGCAAUUUUUGUCUCAGGUGGUGGAUCAAACUUCCGUUCAAUUCAUGAAGCAUCAAUUCAGGGAUCAGUUCAUGGAGAUGUCUCUGUUCUGGUUACAAAUAAAAGCAACUGUGGGGGUGCAGAGUAUGCCAGAGACAAUGGCAUCCCAGUUAUACUAUUCCCCAACGAUGGACUAUCUGCUAGUGACCUUGUUGAUACCUUAAGGAGUUUGGAGAUUGAUUUUAUCCUUCUAGCUGGAUACCUCAAACUGAUACCGGUGGAAUUGAUCCGAGCUUAUGAAAGGUCCAUAAUAAACAUUCAUCCAUCACUUCUUCCAGCAUUUGGAGGCCAAGGCUACUAUGGAAUGAGGGUACAUAGAGCAGUAAUUGCUUCUGGAGCGAGAUACUCAGGUCCUACAAUUCAUAUUGUUGACGAACGCUAUGACACGGGGCGUAUCCUUGCCCAGCGUGUUGUCCCUGUGCUUCCUAAUGACACUGCAGAGGAUUUGGCUGCAAGAGUUCUAAAGGAGGAGCACCGGUUAUAUGUAGAGGUGGUCGAAGCCUUGUGUGAAGAACGCAUAGUCUGGAGAGAAGAUGGCGUUCCCCUUAUUCGAAGCAAAGAAAACCCCGAUGAGUUCAGCUAAAAAAAGAAGUAAAAACUGCCCCAUUUUUGAGGUCUCGAGUCCAUCGCUGAAGAUCUUCUAAUUUCACUUUCAUGUUAUAACAUCACGUUCCACCAUUGCUUUUUACAGCAAUACGUAACACCUGAUGAAAUUGUUGCUAAUUCGUGGUUUUAGCCUCUAUAAAAUUUGUAAUAAUUGACGAAAUUAGUGGUGAAUAAUGAUGUUUGAGCAUCAGAUGGGUUUUGAGGGGCCCUGAUUAGAGUUGUGGGAUUCUUCUCGUAUGUGCCCCUCUAAAAGAUGCUGGGCUUUGGACCUACGUACUUCAUGGAGAAUAACAUUAGUCUCACUUCAAAUUUUCUUAUGCAACAA